ACAUGCAUGACUGGUUGUCUGUCACUGUCUGUCUUAUCACUGUUUUUGAAUUGAACACUACUGUUCAAAAUAACGGCUAAUUAAUGAAAGAAUGAAUUCAUCAAACAAACCGAUUGUUUUGAAUUUAGAAAUUGGUGACCAAUUAACAAACAUAUCUUGUGGUCAUGUUGUUGUAGAGUUAAUCAAAUUUUUAGUCUAUCAAAGAUUACAAAUACCGUAUUCGUAUCAGUGGUUGAAGCAAGUUAUUACAAAGAAGAAAUCAUGUGAAGAUGAUAACGUGAAGGAUAGCUUUCAAUCUGAAAGACAUUUUAGAACCGCCUCUACUGCUUUGGAAAACUUAGAUUUCAUUUUGAAGAGUCUUCAAAAAGAAGUCAGCGGUCCUUCUAUACCUGAUGAAGUGUGUAUUGCCCUGGGAGCCACCCCAGUGACCUGUAAGGAAGUCUACAGGGUACUCUUGCCUUCAGCUUGUCAUAGACCACAAUGUCACUCUACUCUCAUAGCCAAUGACCAAAAGAUACAAAGGAGUGUGUUUAGGACGUUAGUAACAUCAGAAAAAUUAAGCCAAGUAUUCUUUAACCCACUCCAACCCACCAAUUUGUAUGUGUUUAUCAAGAAAAAGUUGAUAAACAACUUAGACAGCAUCAUAGACAGUGACAACUUCGUAUUUACAAGUGGCUGUAGAAUACCCAGGAAUUCUAAAAUUGUGGUUUUAGAUUUUAGAACCAAAACAUUUGAUAGUCUAUCGUGCUGUAAUGAGUUCCAAAUAUUUGGAGACAUAGUCAAUCAAGAAUUGCAAAACUUGCAGUUAGAUGAAACUGAAGAAAAUGUAAAUGAAUACAAUGAGAUAGAAUCCUCUGAUACUGCAAGAUGGUAUCAGUCUUCAUACAUUAUGAAGGGGUUCAAAGACUGCACGGUCAACGGCAGUUCUAUUACAAACGCCUGGCUCAAUUCCUGACUGAAUGAAAAUAAAACAAACUGCAAAUUAGCUCAAUUAAUAUUUUAUUGUUAUCAUAUAUUAUUGUUUAUGCACCUCGCAUUUUUAUAACAAUGACUGACAUAUUCUAUGUUAUAAGAAUUGUUCUAUUUUCUUACAACUUAAUGUAAUAAGAAUAAAUUAGUAAAAUAUAUUAGUUUUAUAUUCUAAAGUUACUUCAUUGAUCAAUUUUUGUUUGUAGACUGAUACACUGUAAUUAGUGCCAUAUUAACUGUUUUCACUAAUAAAUAUCUCUUGGGUUUACUGUAUCUUUAUACUGUCUUUAUAUGUGUUGAAAUGAAUGUUAAUUUGACAAUAGAAUGUUUUUAUAAGUACAUCAUUACCUACUAACUUUGUUUUAUUGUAAAAGGACUUACACCAGUAAAUCACAUAUUUAUGUUUCUGUAUACUGACUGCCUCGUUGGCCGAGUGGUCGCAAUUGCGACUGCCGGGUAAGGGGUCUCGGGUUCGA